UUGGUUUCACUUUAAGACCUCAGACUGUACGACUGACCGGACUGUGCCGAGUGUGGAGCCUGUAGCGCUUGUAGGAACCGUGAACUUGAUCUCUUGAUCUGAGAUCAGUCAGCCUGCCCGUCAGAGCUUCUACAGAAACCUUCCUCAGCUUUCCUCAAUGAAGCUUCCCGUCAAGAUCGUUCUCUUUGGGACACUUAGCGCCGCUUUCAUUGCGUAUCUGUGGAGUGGACCGUCUCUCAAUGAAGAGUCUCUAAAAGGGGUGAAGGUGUUGGUGACUGGUGCAAGCACUGGCAUCGGGGAGCAGGUGGCCUACCAUUAUGCCCGUUUGGGUGCUCAAAUCGUCAUCACAGCAAGAAGAGAAAAUGCCUUAAAAGAGGUGGUGAAGAAGUGUCAGGAUCUGGGCGCCCAGAAAGCCCUCUAUAUCUCAGCAGAUAUGGGCAUUCCCGCUGAUGCUGACCGGGUGGUGGAGUUUGCAGAACAGCAGCUCAAGGGACUGGACUACAUAGUGCUAAACCACAUCGGGCCCAGUCCAUAUCAGAUGUGGGACAGCGAUGUGGAUCACGUGCGAUGGCUAAUGCAGGUGAAUUUCCAUAGUUACGUGCAAAUGGCUGUGAAGGCUUUACCGGCCCUUGAGAAGAGUAAAGGGUCGAUAGUGGUGGUCUCCUCCCUGCUUGGAAAAAUGUGUUCACCAUUUGCUCUGCCAUACAUUGCUACCAAGUUUGCCCUGAAUGGUUUCUUUGGGAGUCUACAGCAUGAACUGGUGAUGAAGCAGAGUAACGUGUCCAUCAGUAUCUGCAUCUUGGGCCUCAUUGACACAGACUCUGCCAUGGAGAAAAUCAAAGGCUACAUAGAUAUGACUCCUUAUCCUGCACAUGAGGCCGCGUGGCAAAUCAUCAAAGCUGGAGCGCUGCGCCAAAGCGAAAUCUUCUACCCCUGGUACACCUACUAUGGCGUUCUCUUCAGAGACUGGUUCCCUCAUGCCAGAGAUCUGGUGAUACGUAGCUGCUACAACUACCAGCCAUAAGCUAUAGAGAGAGCUGUAUAUUACUUUUCACUUAUAGACACUGGAAAACACUCAGAAAUAAAGGUGCUAAAAAGGGUUCUUUGGAAUGACGUUGUAGAAAAAACACUUUUGGUUAUGGAUGUCUCCACAUAAUGUAAAGCUUCUAUAUGAAAAGCGUUUUUUUCCUAGAACCAAACAUCCUAGCAAAGAACCAUUUACAGAACUUUAUUUUUGAGUGAGAUACAACUGGUGCUCAGGGAAAAUAAGAGUUUACACAUUACAACAGAAAUGUGACCAAAGGAGCUAUACUACAAAACUCAAGUCCAAAAAAGUUGGGACAGUACAUAAAAUGCAAAUAACAACAGGAAGCAGUUGAUCCACUUUGACCUAUAUUUAAACUAAUAAAAGAUGCCUGUAGCACAUUGGGCACAUGUAGGGACAAUUUAAGACUAUGAACAAAGUGAAAAAAACUUUGUUCAAAAAACAUCUUAAACAAGUAAAUUAGUCAGGCUGGGAUAUAAAGAGGCAUCCUGGAAAGGUCUAUUCUGAUAUGGCUGUGGGUUUUUAUUUAAAACAAGCAGUUGGUCAGGCUUCAAACAACUGAUCAGGUGAGAACCUGCAACCACACUGGUCCUUGGCGGAUAAGACUGGACACCUCUGCCACACAGGCUCACAAAUACUUUUACAAUCCAGUGGUUAUUGCAGCAUCUGAAAGCUAAAUCUGUACUAUGCAGAGUAGAAGCCAUAUGUAAGCAAUGUCCAGAAACGCCGCCGACUUCUCAGGGCUCAAGCUUAUUCGAGAUGGACUGAUGCACAGUGGAAACCUGUAUUGUGGUCCACCUUUCAGAAUGUUUAUGGAAAUAAUGGACGUUGUGUUCUCUGGGCAAAAAAAGGACAAUCCAGCGUACCAGCAUUGUUACCAGCGUAAAGUUCAAAAGCCAGGGUCUGUCAUGAUAUGUGUGUAGUCCAGACCCCAGGUCUCCCAUUGAAAAUGUCUGGUGUAUUAUGGUUGUGAAGUUCUUGUAUAAUAAAAGAAUGGCAAGAAAUUUCACCUUUAAAACUGGACCAGUUGGUGUCUUUUGGUAUUGUUGGUAAAGUGAUGUAACACAGUGGUAAACAUGCUCCUCAGCCAACCUUUUUUAAACAUAUAGCAAGCAAUUUGGAACUAGCUCACAAUAAAAUUUUAAUUUAAUACAGAUUAAAUUGAAUUUACUAAUCACUGCUUUCUGUUUUAAACAGCAUAUCACACACUGUCCCAAGUUUUUUGGAAUUGAGGUUCCUACAAUAGGACUUCUUAGAAUGAAUAUUGUGGGCAAAUGGGUUGUUACCUCUGGUGUUUACUCAAAGUAAACAUAGUCAGAGGGCACCAGGAUAGCUGUGAAGGAUCCAUAUUCUUUUUAUCGUAUUUAGUUUUUUCCUAUAAUGUAUAAAGGUUGUUUUGUACCUUAGUUUCCAUAAAUGGACUGUAUGGACUGGAAAUUGAAAGGUACAUUUUAAAAAUUUGUUUUUUCCAUGAUAUGGGACCUUAACGAAGCACUUGAAGAGCUCUUUGAUCACACGUUUAAUUAUAUGUAGGGGAUUUGGGGGCUAUGGUUUUGAUUUUGGUGCUCUGUUUUGAAAUAUAACAUGAAAUACUGCACUUAAUAGCAUUUUAAAUAUCACCGGGCGUGUUAAGAUUACAGCAUUAGGUAAAUCCUGAAUAUUCAAAGAUUUGAUUCUUUGGUAUUGUUUUCUUUUAUAUAUAAAAUGGUGUUAUAGGAAAUAUGUGAGUAUAACUGUCUUAUUUUUAAAUGGUUAUGCUGAUGAAUUGAUUUUGGGUAUAUUUGCAAUAAAAUGAAAUGGACUGUCCUUGACACAAGCACUACUGCACAGGCCGAAAAGCUCUUAAUGCACAUAAGAAGGGCAUGGAGGGCAUCAUAAACUUGUUAAUAAGUUACACAUGUGAGUCGGUUAUCAUUGAAGCUGUUUCUAAAACAGAUUCCAAAUGACCUGUUGUAAAAUUUGUGAACCUCCUACAAAACAAAAAUAAAGUAAUUCAGUUGUCACAGUAAUAACAUCACUGUG